AUGGAAUACGCUGCUUGCAAUGUUGUGUAUGUGGAUUGCGCAGCUCCAGAGGAUAAAUUAGUAAAGCGGAGCGAUUCGACGUUUACUUCUGCGACAAGCAAUGGCCAAAAUAAAUUGGCAGAAGAUGGCACACUUCCCCGGAACUCCUCGGUCAUGGAGGAGAAUCUACGAAUGUUACUAGGGACAUUCAGUGAAGUCCAUAUAUGCGCCACGGGCAAGUCUUGCAUAUCCAAGUUAUCCGAAUUGAAUCAAUCCUCCAUUGUCGAAUUAAUACCUACGCUGGUCCUCGUCGAUAUCCCAUACGAAGACCAGCUACAAGUAAGGCCGUCGAGGGAUAUGCGAACGCCUUCCCCUAGCUCGAAACAGCAGGUUGAUGGGUUUCUAGAGGAUCCAUCAGUAACCGAAGCAUAUGGGUUAAGCUUACUGCAAUGGAUAGUGUCGGAAAUUCAAUAUCAGAGCCUUUCGAAGCUCAUCGUCCCCGUAGCCUUGGUCGCCCUCCCAGAUAAUAAUUCCCUGACAGUUACUCCAAGGGGCCGCGCCGAGUCAAGGUCCGAAGGAUAUCUCAACUACGAUCCUUUUGGGUCCAACUCGAAAAGGCGGGGAGGUUCGGGUAACCCACUAGAUCAAGUGAGGACAAUGAGGUAUUUGGACAUUGGAGCUGUAGAUGUAUUAACGAGCCCGCUGUUGCAAGACCGAUUGCCUAGCCUUGCCGCACAUGCAUAUCGAGCUCAUAAAGAUGCUUCGAAAGAGCAAAGAGCAUUAUUAGAGUUGAAGCGGGGAAGGAAGCGUUCUUGGGUAGGAGUGGAUGAUCAGAAGCCAUACGCAUAUUUACGAGAAGCCAUGGUAUCGGGAUUAAUGGAUGGGAUUUGCAAGCUUGGUGGAGAUGAUGAGCCGUUUGGCUAUAUCAGAAUCACUGUGGCGCUAGAUCGCCGGGAGGAGAUAGCCGCUGCUGUUGGUGCAUGGCAGUUUUCGGCCCAUGAUUUCACAGACGACGAGCUUCUCCAUGCGGCGUUACUGAUGUUACAGCAUGCGCUCGCGAUGCCAGAGCUUGAGAAGUGGCGGAUAUCGACAGAAAAUCUCACAGCCUUCCUGUUUGCCAGCCGCUCGGCGUACAAUGCGUUUGUCCCGUAUCACAAUUUCCGCCAUGUCAUCGAUGUCUUACAAGCAACAUUCUACUUCCUUCUCCAGCUUGGCCGGCUACCUCCAUACCCAUCUCCUUGCACAGCUUCACCGAAAAUUCCCCCCUCACCUAUUGCCACUCUCAUAAGACCCUUUGAAGCUCUAACAUUGCUGAUUACCGCUAUUGGUCACGAUGUGGGUCAUCCGGGGGUCAACAAUGCAUUUCUUGUUGCUCUCAACGCGCCUCUCGCCCAACUUUAUAAUGAUAGAUCGGUCCUAGAAUCAUUCCACUGCGCCGCAUACUCACAAAUAUUGCGUCGCCACUGGCCAUCUGCCUUCUUAGAACCUGACAUGAGAAAGUUAAUGAUUAACUCGAUCCUAGCGACGGAUAUGCAAUUACAUUUUGAUUACAUGAAAAAGCUUGGCUGGCUACAAGAGAAACUCCAUGAGAAUGGAGGAAUUGAUGGUUGGAAUGGCAGAAUCAUCGAAGACCAACGAACCCUUGCUUGUUCGUUAUUAAUAAAAUGUGCGGAUAUUAGCAACGUGGCUCGAAAAUAUGAUGUGGCAGCUCAGUGGACUAUGAUUUUGACGGACGAAUUCUCUCGUCAAGCUACCAUGGAACAAGAUCUUGGUAUACCAACAGCUCUUUUCGCAGCACCUGUCCGCGAAACUAUCGAACUGGGGAAGUCCCAAAUCAGCUUCAUAAACAUGUUUGCGAUGCCAUUAUUUCAAGGGGUAACCGAUAUAAUGCCGGCUAUGGCUUUCUCUGUUGAUGAACUACAGCGCAAUAAGUUGUUUUGGAGCGAGAAGAUUGUAGAGGAGCAAGCGAAAAAGAGACAAAACAGCGGUGAUUCAGCUCUCACUGAAGGCACAUUCUCACCUCGAACGAUGAGCGUGGCGGUAUCUUCUGAUUCGACUGUGCAGAAAUCAGCUAAUGCAUUUCCCGCCGAGGUUGACCUCAGGAUCAAAUCAUUGCUACAGAGCAAUCCUUUUACGCCAGCAAACGGUACCUUGGCGGAAGAAACCCCCCAAUCUUUACCGAAGCUAUCCACCCAGAACGCUACCGACACGCCCAUUCUCGGUUCGAGUUUAAGUGAAGAAUCAGGUUCUCACUCGCCACCACGCCUGAGCAUUGCUACUGCCAAUGGUUACGGGGUUCUAGAUCACAAAAACAAAGCCACUGAGAUUGUCACCAACGGCAAGGCGCAACGCGAUAGAAUGGCAACACGCCCCCCAGUCGAUAUACUCUCCAAUGGCUGGUCCCAAGGUGAUGAACCUCCAAUAUCUUCGUCGGUUUUCGCUGAGCGUGUAGUUCUACCCCGGGAACCGGAACAAGUUCUCAAGGCCGAAUCCUCAGAUAAACAGCGCAGCAGUGAUGGUACAGAAGGAAGUAGUUCGGCAACGGGAGAUUGGACAAGCCAAGCGACUAGCGCAAAUACCCCCAAAAUGCCCCUUUCGCCAAGCACUCGAGGGACGAGCAUCACAAGUCGGGAUUCGAAUGAAAAGGCCUCGUUGGGUCGGACACCGACGGGGAGCCCUUCGGGAAGUGGAUAUCGACCUCGCUCAAUGGUUGCCCCAGAUUUAGGGGAAUAUCACGGUUCCGCCGAUCAACAAUUAGAAGGUAAAGGGGUCAUGGUUAUGGAAAAAGUGCGGAGUCUUAGGAAGAAACCUAGCCGGUUCCGGAUGGAGAAGCUCAAUUUCUGGAAACGGAGCAAGAGCGCUAGUCCACCUGUCCCUGUUCCCGAUAUAUCGAGGAUCCAUAGGAGGGCUGGCAGUGAGGAUCAAUCUGUGCCAAGACUCACGAGGCAAUGCUGA